UGGUGAUUUGAAGAACAGCAGCAUUUUUCCAGUGUACCUCUUUACCAUCCAGCACUUUGUUGUUCCCCUCUGCUGCUGCUGAUCGGUGGAUAUAAUCGCAUCAGUGCUCCAGACAAAAUGGCUUCCACAGUGAGAAAAUGUCAGCACCUGUUUUUAGCACUCAUCCUACUCCCUUUGAUCUACUGUAUGCGCCCAGACUGUAUCAUUCAGUUAGAGAAAGAGAAGUGCAUGGAAAGGAUAGCCAUGGAUGACCAUAGCAGUGAACCGGAACUGGUCUGCCGAUGGAUGUGGGACAACCUCACCUGCUGGCAGCCAGCGAAAAUUGGUCAAGUGGUGUGGAUGCCCUGUCCUGAGCUAUUUGAGGUCAUGAGUGAGAAAAAUGAUGAGUUUGGUAAGGUGAGUCGUAACUGCACUGAGGAUGGCUGGUCAGAGAUGUUCCCUCACUAUGUUGAUGUUUGCCCUUUUAAUGAGAAUGGAACAAGUCCAGACAUGUAUUAUGUGUCAAUGAAGGCUUUGUAUACUGUGGGCUACAGCACCUCACUGGUGUCUCUCACCACUGCCAUGGUCAUUCUCUGCAGGUUCAGGAAGCUACAUUGCACCAGGAAUUUCAUUCAUAUGAACUUGUUUGUGUCCUUCAUCCUGAGGGCCAUCUCAGUCUUCAUUAAAGACGGUAUUUUAUAUGCAGAGGAGGACAGCGACCAUUGCUUUAUACACACUGUGGAGUGUAAAGCAGUGAUGGUAUUUUUUCAUUAUUUUGUUUUGUCAAACUACUUCUGGCUGUUCAUCGAGGGCUUAUAUCUCUUUACGCUUCUUGUGGAGACAUUCUUUCCUGAGAAAAGAUACUUUUACUGGUACAUCAUUAUUGGAUGGGGUACCCCGACAAUAUGUGUGGCUGUCUGGGCAGUCUUAAGAGCUCAUUUUGAUAACAUUGGUUGCUGGGAUAUUAAUGACCAUGCUGCCAUCUGGUGGGUGAUCAAGGGUCCUGUUCUCGCCUCGAUAAUGAUCAACUUUAUACUCUUUAUUGGCAUCAUUAUAAUCCUGGUGCAGAAGUUGCAGUCUCCAGAUAUUGGAGGGAAUGAGUCCAGCAUUUAUCUACGUCUGGCCCGCUCCACUCUUCUCCUCAUUCCUCUGUUUGGAAUUCACUAUACCGUGUUUGCAUUCACACCAGAAGAUGUCAGCAAAAGAGAAAGACUUGUGUUUGAACUUGGUCUUGGUUCUUUUCAGGGUUUUGUAGUAGCUGUUCUUUACUGCUUUCUUAAUGGAGAGGUGCAGUCAGAAAUCAAACGAAAAUGGCGAAGCUGGAUGGUGAACCGGUACUUUGCGGUGGACAUAAAGCACAGGCAUCCGUCCCUGGCCAGCAGUGGUGUGAAUGGGGGCACACAGCUUUCCAUCCUCAGCAAGAGCAGCUCACAGAUCCGCAUGUCCGGCCUGCAGGCUGAAACACCGGCCACAUGAGCACUCAGAGGAACACACUAAAGGCCAAGCUCCUCAGAACUCGAGCUACAAAAUAAUCGACGUCAACUUCUGACGUAGUGUCGGUUGAAGCUGUAAUAUCUGUCAACCAUUCAUAGAUGACAGGCAUUUCCUAUGGAACUCUGAGGAGCUCACAGCGAUUGGUCUAUUGUGUGCAAAGCAAACAUAGAUACUUUUGAUGUGCACUUGUGGAUGAAUCAGAUUUGAUCUGAACUGAAAGGAAUUACAGGUCAAUCCAUAGCAAUCUAGUGUUUAGGAUGUUUUCACCCAGAAAGCUAAAGGUCGUGAACAAGGUGUAUAUUUUUGUACAUGUCAACAUCACAUGAUUGUCUCAUGUUCUCAUUUAUCUGUCUGUGAAGAUAUGUGACAGUUCGAGAUUCUCAACAUUUUAUUGUCAAAGCAUUGUCAAACAGGAUGAAGACAGAAGCCGGCCUCACCACAACGGGAUGUGGGACAUGAGUCAUUUUUGAAGGAGAAGAAACCAUAUUUCACACAUGGAGCUAAAUGAUUAACUGAUUCCCAAUUCCUAAUAGUACUGUAAUUUAAUGUGUAAAUAUUUUCAAAUGUUGUAAUUGUAGAAUGAUGGACUACAGAGACAUCAAUUUUAAGGACAACAAUGACACGCAAUGUGGACGCUUCUUAAACUAACACUGAGAAAAACUAGCAUUUUAA